CCAGGGGACAGAUCAGGAGGGUCUCCGACUGCCAUUCCUACCAUCCUACCUACUACGCCCGGAGGAUCAUUCUGUCCUCAGCGGAACCUCCUCUCUCUUGUCUGCCCUAUCCAUCACGGUGUCUCCUACUCUGGUCAGAGGAACCUGGCUGAACUGGCUCUCCUGACAAGGUCCCGGUCCUCACUGAGGCCAGUCAGCACAGAGACACUGCCAGCUUCCCUCACUGACGCACAGGAGUGACGGCAUUCAACAUGAUGUGGGGAUGACUUGUGAAUGAUGGCUUAAUCGCUCAGGCCAGGGGAAUUGGCCGCUCUAUUUGAGCAUGACUCCCCUGACCUCACCAUUGUCCUGUGUUGCAUCCAGCUGGCCCAGGGGAAGCUGUCUACAGAGCAGCUGACAGACCAGGUCCUCAGUCUUGUCUCCACCCACUCGCCUCGCCACCUCAGCGAGCUCUCCCUGGGUGUGGAGCAGCGGGGGGAUUCCCGGCCGUCAGCCGAGAUCGUCCGGAUGAUGCAGCGGCUCUCGGAUCGAGCCAAACAUGCCCAGCACUGCUGCAGCUGCAUCACCACCUGCUUCAAAGUCGCAGUGUGUCUUCACAUGUCCUACACAUCAGUGGUCACUGAUCCAUUCAAAUCCUCUCUCAGUCCUCAGUGUAGGGUCACUAGCGCUACCACGCUGGCAAGAGUGUUGUCAGUGACUCCAACCUCAAGUCUAAAGAGGUGGCUGGGUUCCUGUCUGAAUGUGUGGCAGUGCACUACAGUCACAGAGUGGAAUGUCCAUGAGAGAGAGGAGGGUCCCCACAGCAGAGUCUACUAUCCCCAGAUGACUAGUGCUCAGUUUGCAGAACUGGCCAGCUCUGUCCGGACCACAACGAGUGGGAAGUCAUCUGCUCUCAAUGGCCAAGUCCUCUCCACGACUCAACAAGCAGACUACACAGAAUAUAACAGUGCAGGUGGAGCUGUUGGUAAGAGCUCAUGACUGCUACACUCUGGGGUGCAGUGUGGACGGUAUUUCUGAGGUCCUCCUAGUGGUCCGACAGUGGGUCCCCAACCUCAUUUUACUCAAACUCUUCUCACUAGUGGUUCGUCUGCUGACAGGAAUAGGGAGGUUCUAUGAGAUGGACUACAUCCUCCAGCUACUGAUGGAGAACGACCAGUUUGAGUCACUCCUCCACACCGGCCUGGAGAAAGAGGAGCAGUUGCGAGUGGCACUGAUGGACUACCUCCAGACUCACCAUCUCAACGACCACGAGAAGAUGCAGAUGGUGGCUCUCAAGUUUGGGAUGUUCUAUGAACUGGCCAACACCAAGCAGGAACAGGCCAAAAGAGACCUCAGGAGAAUCAAACCAAAACAUCUCGCAUCAAGUAACCCAGAGACAGUCAAGACACUGAAGGCCGUGUUUGAGUCUCUGCGAACAGCAGCCAAGACCUAUUCACAGGAGGACUAUCUGUCUAGUGCCCAGCAGUGCUACUCUCUGGCAAGACUGGUGGCUCUCCAACUCUCCCUCCUCCAUGGCUCUGGAAACAAACAGGUCAUCAACCUUGACCACAAGAAAGUCGUCAAACUGAUGGAGGAACUGCCUUUCCAGGAGGCUCUGAUAGUGGCUGAUGCGUACAAGCGGACCAGCUGGACAGACUGGGUCGGCCCUCUCUACAAGAAGGUUGUGAUUGGCGGCCACUUCCACUAUCUCAGUGACUACAAAACUGCCUUCCCUCUGAAGGCAAACAUGUUCCAAGAACUAGCUAGCAGGUAUCAACAUGACCGGGAGAGACCGCCCGAGUCUGCAGCCAACAUGAGGCGACUCCUGGGCCACCUGCGUAACCUCCCACUCAAGAGGAAGAUAGCCACUGACCUGGGACUGAGCGAUGUCCUCCAGAGCCUCUCGCCCACCCAGGAUGAGGGGUUCCUCAAUGACAUUGCCAGACUCUGACCUCUUAGUCUUGCAUCAGACUUGGGUACACAGGUGUGUGUGUGUGUGUGUUUGAGAAUUUAACUUUUUGGCUUC